UGAGAGGAGGGCGGGGCGGCAUCUGGUAGGCCCAAGCCAACAACAUGUUGACCCGGGGGCGCUACAGGCGCCCACUCUAAGGGGGUGUAAGAGGCCUAGCCUCUUCCCCAGGUUUCUAUCGACACGUUCGCCAUGGCCCGGCACAGGAACGUGCGUGGCUAUAACUACGACGAAGACUUUGAAGAAGAUGAUCUUUAUGGACAGUCUGUAGAGGAUGAUUAUUGCAUUUCACCCUCAACAGCUGCUCAGUUUAUCUAUUCAAGACGAAAUAAUCCUUCAGCAUUUGCUGAAACAUUAGAAGAAGAAUAUGGCUACGAGGAUAAAGACCAUAGCAAUUGUGUCUCCACUCAUCAGCUAACUGGAGUUGAGAAAGCUAAGCUUGAUUCGUGCCUUGACCAUAUGAGAGAAGUGCUUGGAGAUUCUGUGCCAGAGCAAGUGAUGGCGGAAGCAGCAUUGAGCAGUAAAUUUGAUGUACAGCAAGCUCUGGAUUACAUUCUUACACAAGACAAUAAGCAAAGUAUAAAGACCAAGAAUGAGGAUACUGUGAUUGCAGGAAAGACAACAAAAGGCUUAUUUUGCUCAGAAAUAUCUUCUAAUGAUAACUACUUGACUAACUUGGUGGAAAACACUUCAGAUUCCACUAGUUUCUGCUUUAAUCUUACUGGCCCCAUAGUCAAUUUUGAACCUCCGUGUAAUCCCUCAGCUCUGAGUGACAAAAUCCCAUUUAGACCUAAAUAUGUCAAAACAUCUUCAAGCAAAAAGAAAACAUUAAAAUCUCCAUGUAAAUCCGUGGGGGCACUUCCUCUACCAUUCAGUGACAAUAACAUAUCACUUUGUGAACCAUUCAACAAGUGGGCAACACUCCCAUUAGCUGACAACACCAGCACAGCAACUUGCAAGGAAUGUGAUGUGUAUAUUAAUUCAGAUACUGAAUUGUUGAGAGAAAAUCCAUCAGAAAAUGCCUCAUGGAAUCAGUCUGAACGUAAAGGGGUUCAGGACUUGAAGGCCUUGCUGAGGCUUAAGGAAACAGGUGACUCAUCAGAUGCUGGAGGCAGUGUGUUAAUUGUUUGCCAGAAAAACUCAGGAAAAGUGAGAGAUUCCCAGACAACCAGAAUUGAAUCCGACGUUGUGCCAAAAAUUACAAAAAUGGCUGUAUCUGGAAAGAAACAAACUACUGGUUUUGAAGUUCCAUGUGUGAAUGUAGAAGAGAAUGGACAUAACACCUUUAUGCCACAAAAAGGACUUUCAGCUGGAGAUGCCAAUGCCAAUUUAGGGGCAGCUGACAUUCUGCCUAAACCGACGUUUCCAUCCCAGGCUGUUCAAGCAUCAGAAGAACCGACAAUGGCACCAACUCCAGUGAAAAGGUCUGGAAAAGCAAAACAGCAAAUAGACGUGAAAGCAGAGUUGGAAAAGAGGCAAGGAGGAAAGCACCUACUUAACCUUGUGGUAAUAGGACAUGUUGAUGCAGGGAAAAGUACUCUAAUGGGUCAUUUGCUGUAUCUUCUGGGAAAUGUGAACAAACGAACUAUGCACAAAUAUGAGCAGGAAUCCAAGAAAGCUGGAAAAGCAUCAUUUGCUUAUGCCUGGGUCUUAGAUGAGACAGGCGAAGAGAGAGAGAGGGGAGUGACGAUGGAUGUAGGUAUGACCAAAUUUGAGACAAAGACAAAAGUUAUUACAUUGAUGGAUGCUCCUGGCCAUAAAGACUUCAUUCCAAAUAUGAUCACAGGAGCUGCACAGGCUGAUGUGGCUGUAUUAGUGGUGGAUGCCAGCAGAGGGGAGUUUGAGGCAGGAUUUGAAACUGGCGGACAGACACGAGAACAUGGUCUGUUGGUCCGAUCUCUUGGAGUAACCCAGCUGGCAGUUGCAGUCAAUAAAAUGGACCAGGUCAAUUGGCAGCAGGAAAGAUUUCAAGAAAUCGUCAGUAAACUUGGUCAUUUCCUUAAGCAAGCUGGCUUUAAGGAGUCGGAUGUAGCUUAUAUCCCUACAAGUGGCCUUGGCGGUGAAAAUCUUGUCACAAGAAGUCAGUCGAGUGAGCUGACCAAGUGGUAUGAAGGGAAAUGCUUGCUAGAACAAAUUGAUUCUUUCAAGCCACCUCAAAGGUCAGUGGAUAAACCAUUCAGGUUAUGUGUAGCUGAUGUUUUUAAAGAUCAAGGAUCAGGAUUUUGUGUGACUGGUAAAAUUGAAGCAGGCUAUGUCCAAGUUGGUGAUCGACUGCUGGCAAUGCCUCCUAAUGAAACUUGCACUGUGAAAGGAAUCGCCCUACAUGAUGAACCGGUGGAUUGGGCUGCAGCAGGAGAUCACGUUAGUCUCACUUUGACUGGCAUGGAUAUCAUCAAAAUCAACGUUGGCUGUAUAUAUUGUUGUCCCAAGGAACCUAUUAAAGCCUGCACACGCUUCAGAGCUCGGGUCCUCAUCUUCAAUAUUGAAAUCCCUAUCACCAAAGGAUUCCCUGUGCUUUUACAUUUUCAAACCGUAAGUGAGCCUGCUACUAUUCGAAGGUUAUUGAGUGUGCUUCAUAAGAGUACAGGUGAAGUGACAAAGAAAAAACCUAAGUGUCUGACUAAAGGGCAGAAUGCUUUAAUAGAACUGCAAACACAAAGGCCUGUUGCUCUAGAACUUUAUAAAGACUUUAAAGAACUCGGAAGGUUUAUGUUGCGUUACAGUGGAUCCACCAUAGCAGCAGGAGUUGUUGCCGAGAUUAAAGAAUGACAGCUGUGCCAGGACUUCUGUAAUCCAACCAGAUGAAAUCAUAUGUCCAAAUAUGCUUAUUUGACGAAUUCAGUCAUUAUCAAUUGAAGGAACAAAGGCAAUGCCAUUUUUAAGAGGAGGGAAUGAAAUAUUGGAUGUUCUGCAAAAAUGUUGAGGCCAUCAUUGCUGCAAAGCAAUACGCCAACGAGGAAGAGCUCGUUGCACUUUCUCCUUGCACAAGUUCCAGCAUAUUCCCCCCGCUGAAACGACACCCUGCCAGUGGCUCUCACGGACCUUUAUGAAAAAUUGAUCGAAUGAUGUAUUAAAGGGUGGUGACUCAUCAUGUUACUUCCAGCCUUAAACUUUGUUUACAAUUUUUUUGAGGAGCUGCUUCCAUGCUGCACAUUAUUUCAUAAAUUACUUCGAUUGGGCUAAGAUGUUCCAGGUUUUAUACAAAUACAUUUUCAGAGAACCUAGUUCCUUCCAUUUCAGAAACAUCAUAUAAUGCUGCAUCUAGAAAUUUAAUUUCUUCCCAUCCCAAUUUUAUUUAAAAGAACUUAUUUGUGUAGAUUCAGUUUGUCCAAUAAUGGCUAAUUUUAUUUUUAAAUUGUAGACGUAUAAUAAAGUAGUGAUCUGAGCAUAA